GCAAUUUUCGACGCAUUGGUGUUCAGACUGAUAAUUUUUUGGAAUUUCAUGUUAUAACCGAAAUAAUUUGAAACAUUUGUGGUUUAUUCAAUUUAUAGUUUCGUUAUUUUCAACAAUUUUCAAAUCAAUUACGUUAGCUAGGAAUUGGAAAUUAAAGUGAUUGAUUUGACUGUUGUAGUGAAACAAAUUUCAAACGUUCCAGUCUGAAGUGUGUAGCUAGCUCGAUAUAACUGUCAAUCUGGGUGUAGAAAUUUAUUUGUAAUUUUCACCGGUUCUCAUGUGUAAUUUCCUAAAGUGUUAGACUAUUUUCGAACCUAGGUUCGUUGCGAAAUAAUGUUCUAUAGUGUACAUGGUGCAUAAAUCUGUGCGAAAAUGGAUGACGGCUCGAUAAAGAUUCAGUCCGGGAUCAACAUCAACAUAAAAAGAACAGAUGGACGAAUUCACUCGGCUAUCGUGUCCGGGGUCAACUUGGAGACCCGGUCGGUCACGGUGGAGUGGUAUGAGCGCGGCGAGACGAAAGGCAAGGAGGUGGAGAUAGAUGCCAUCCUCGCGCUGAACCCGGAACUGGCGCCGCGACACCACACCUCGCACCUGCAGCCCAUGCCCAACAAACUCGCGAGGGAUAUGACGCGGCAGUCCAUUCCGGUGGCUACGAAAGGGUCUCACUUCGUAGCGGCGCCGUCGUCGCGGGUGACGCGCAACAACCAGAUGCGCGUGUCGAACGCGGGCGGGUACACCAACGGGCACGGGGGCGACACCACGGGGCGUCGCGGGGCUGAGAAUGUGCCGCCGCCGCAGCAGCCAGCGCCCAACUCCAGGGUCACGCAACAGUUCACCAAUGUGCCAGUGGGCGGCGGCGGUGGUGGCGGUGGAAGACCAGCAGGAGUCUCCAGUACAGCAUCAGUACCUCACGCCGUAGCCUCGGGAGCCGUCAGACGGUCCAAUGUCGUAAAAGAGGUGGAACGACUGAAGGAGAACCGAGAGAAGCGGCGGCAGCGGCAGGCUGAGCUGAAGGAAGAAAAGGAAGCCCUAAUGAACAUGGACCCGGGGAACCCGAACUGGGAGUUCCUGGCGAUGAUCCGCGAGUACCAGAACAGCAUCGAGUUCCGGCCGCUGACGGGCAAUGAGCCCGUCGAGGACCACCAGAUCACCGUCUGCGUGCGCAAGAGGCCGCUCAACAAGAAGGAGAAUGCUAAGAAAGAGGUGGACGUGAUCAGCGUGCCGACCAAGGACCAGAUGAUCGUGCACGAGCCCAAGAACAAGGUGGACCUCACCAAAUACCUGGAGAACCAGAAGUUCCGCUUUGACUACGCCUUCGACGACUCCUGCACCAAUGAAAUUGUUUAUAAAUACACGGCCAAGCCGCUGGUGCAGACGAUAUUCGAGGGCGGCAUGGCGACCUGCUUCGCGUACGGACAGACCGGCUCCGGGAAGACGCAUACUAUGGGCGGAGACUUCCAGGGCAAGACGCAGGACUGCAAGAAGGGCAUCUACGCCAUGGCGGCGCGUGACGUGUUCGCGUACCUCAAGUCGCCCAAGUACAAGCCGCUAAACCUCAUCGUGUCCGCCUCCUUCUUCGAGAUCUACUCCGGAAAGGUGUUCGACCUCCUAGCGGACAAGGCGAAGCUGCGCGUGUUGGAGGAUGGCAAGCAGCAGGUGCAGAUAGUGGGGCUGACGGAGAAGGUGGUGGACAACGUGGACGAGGUGCUCAAGCUGAUACAGCACGGGAACGCCGCCAGGACCUCCGGACAGACGUCGGCGAACUCGAACUCGUCCCGGUCGCACGCCGUGUUCCAGAUCGUGGUCCGCUCGCCCGGCAUGCACCGCGUGCACGGCAAGUUCUCCCUCAUCGACCUCGCCGGCAACGAGCGGGGCGCCGACACCUCCUCCGCCAACAGGCAGACGAGAAUGGAGAGCGCAGAGAUCAACAAGUCCCUGCUCGCCCUCAAGGAGUGCAUCCGCGCCCUCGGCAUGAAGGGCAACAACCACCUGCCGUUCAGGGUGUCCAAGCUGACGCAGGUGCUGAGGGACAGCUUCAUCGGGGACAAGUCGCGUACCUGCAUGAUCGCUAUGAUAUCGCCCGCCAUGUCCUCGUGUGAACACAGUCUCAACACCCUGCGAUAUGCAGACAGGGUGAAGGAGCUGGGCGCCACGGAGUGCACGCGCGCCCGCGCCGACUCGCCGCUGGCCGACGUGGACAUGGAGCCCGCCCGGGACGACCUGGCGCAGCUGCGCUCGCUCAACGAGGGCGACAUGUCAGCGGAGAUGUACACGUUCCACGAGGCCAUCGACGAGCUGCAGCGCGCCGAGGAGGAGGUGCUGGACAACCACAAGGCCAUCUCGGACUAUCUGCAGCAUGCGCUGGCCCGCGCUAACCAGCUGCUGGCGCUCACCAGGGACGUGGACUAUGACCAGGACGCAUACGCGACGCAAUGGGAGGAACUGCUCAACGAGCAACUCGCCGUCCUCAACCAGUCACGGGAUUUGGUCGCGGAGUUCAGAGCGAAGAUGCAGCAGGAAGAACACAUCUCACGACGCAUCCAGCCGCCCAGGCACCACUAGCCGACCACCGAGGAGGUAUACAGCGUCAAUGUCGCCUGUCUUACUCAGAUAUAGCAAUUAUUUCAUACGUCAUAUCCUCUUUGGUUAGUUUCACCUCGCGGCCUUUUUUAAUGCGUUGGCAGAAAAUUACCUUGAUGUCCGUAGACGCAUCGAGAUUUGAAACUGUUAAAAAGUUGUUGAUUAUUUAAAAUUCGAACGCGUUAGAAAUCGCCUCGUGUAAAAACUGUUUUUACUAAGUUGUCUACGAAAUAGAGCGUAUUCGAAGUUUGUAAGUCUGUCACAGGCAAACACAUCUGUUAUGUUUUCAGCAUUUUGCAGUUUGCUCUCAAGAUUUUUUACUUAACACAAAGCAAAAUAUUGUUAUAGAAUUUUGCCAAAAGAGGAUCAGCUCAAAAGAGAAACUGAAGUGAAUAGACAUUAACUAAUUAUGUCGAAUUUAUAUCGAAUCUCCUGUUGUUCUUGUCGCUCUCUAAGCGACAACUUUACUUUAAAAAAACGAUCUCGGUUGUAUUGGUUUAUUUAGAAUAGUGGACGUACAUUGACGCUGCGUACUUACCACGAACGUAUUGUCUCGGCAGCCUUAUUUCAAAGAUGGCGGAUUACAAAUGGCCGACAACUGUCAAAUCGCAACUCUAAACAAACGUACCAGUGCAAAAUCAGCGUAAAAUCAUUUUUCAAAUAUAAAUACAAUAGUCGCCAAGCGUAAUUAUAGUAGCUGGUCUACUCUCUUUCCGCUGUUCAAAAUUCAACGGCCGAAGUUGUGGCCGACUUUGUUAAUCCUAGCGUGUAUACAAACGAGAAACUGUGCCGUCGUGUUGUUAUGGAAAUGAUAGACUGUUUAUAGUAGGAGUGUUAGAAGCACAAACGCUCGACAGCGGCGGGCAUCGGCCGUGUGCAUGUCUGUGGCGUCAGCCUGUAUCCCGUGGCCUUAUGGCGAAAUCUACGUAAGCGCAUUUAAAAAAUCACAUUCCGAUGUGAUUUUGUUCAUCAAAACUUCAAAACUCACGCUAGAUUCACUCUAGGUAAAAAUUGAUUUUUUUACCAAGAUUGAAAAUAGCGUGCUAUUGCAAGUUUUUGUUGAAGGAAAUCGUCCAGAAUGUGAUUUUUCAAAAUUACACUUACGAGGUUUGUUGAUGGUACAUUCGUUGUAUGUAGCGAAUGUUUCUACAUCUCUGGUCCUAUUAUUGAAUCGUUCGUUUUGAAUUCGCGCGCGGAUGUAUAUACCCAUUUCACGUAGGAUAUCAGAAUUUGUCAUUUGCAAGAUGAGACAGGUAUAUUUUCGCACGCGGUUAGGGACGAACGUUUCAAAAUUCGAGCCCUUGAAGCAAUAAGUGGGUGGCGCCCUGCGCAGCGCUCGCGGCCGCCGCGCACGAGCGUACAUCCGUGUAAUAUAAUGUCAACGCAGAUGCGGUGCGACACGUUAAUUUAUAUAGUCGUUUUCUUUUUCAUUUAACAUAAGUGACGUUUUUACUUCGAUGCAUUUAACUCUGCUAAAGGCCUACUUAUAAAAUUGUAGAUAUUUUUAUUGAAAUUGAGGGAGAUUGGGAAAGUACAAAGCGAUACUGCAGUGACACAGUAUCCGGUGUGACAUGACAAUUUAGGUUCACAUACCUUACUAGUGUGAAAUACUCGUUACGUUGUCAUGCUUUCGAUUUCAGCCGGCCUAGGUUUUUAUUUGCUAAAUUGCCAUAAUUAUUAGAAUGUGCUACGUUCGAUCCCGUAGUACACAUCUAUCGCUUCGCUAUCGUUAUGAAAUAAUGAUAAACAAUUUUGCGUCUAUUAUAAACUUGCGAGAUUCCUUUCCAUUCCAUUUGUUGAGAUUAGGCUUUUCCAAGUAUGGUGCUAGCCAAUAUAAGCCUCGUGUUACGUUUUGAGUGUUUAUCAAACGAUUUGUCGACUUAUUAUUGUGUGGAUGGACACAGUAUGAUGUCAAACUAUUAUCAUGGUUGUAAACAUAGUUAUACAGAUAAAUUAACAUCCUAAUUACUGUACUUUUGGUGUAACUUGUGCUAUCGAUGUGUAGUUUAGUUUUGAGUAUUUAUCAUUCACGGAAGGGACGUGACGGCUACGACUGCAUAGAAACACAUCUGUAAAUGUUGGGAGUACGGGAAUGGAGUACGACAACCGGCAGCUGCAGUUGAUAACAUUUGCAAUGCAAGACGUGACUUCAGUACUUGCCACUUAUCGAGAGCUAAGCUCCAGAAUUCUGUAAAGUAACACAAAUAUGAAUCGGUGUGAUAAAUUUCUAUACGCAGACCCCUGUCACCAAUCAUUUGGGCCAGUCUGAACACUAUUUAUCAUAAAAAUCGUAAAAUUAUUUUUUUUAUAUUUAAAAAAAUAGUAAAACUACUUAAAAGACUAACUAUGAUUGUAAGGUUCUCCAGUCAUUUAUUUUCCGUUUUGUAUAAUUUAUUACGUUGUGAUAAUGGUAAUGUUAUAAUUUUGAAAUGGCUCGGUAACUUCGAAUUAGUUUUUGCUAAGCUACGCACCAAAACGCGUUAUGAGCUCAUUUUACGUUUUUCGAUAAACUAGUGCUGUUGUAAAUCGUUUUUGGUCGGAGAUAAUAGUUAUUUGUGAUGCAGAAGUUACCUCUAACUUAUACGGAUGAUGGUCACGAUUCCGGCACCUAAAUUUUAACUUAAUUUGACAGCAUUGAUGCUCACUUCAGUUAAUGAUUAGUUCUAUCUCUUUCUUACACUUAUUGUAAGUGAAAGACGGGACUAGUUUAACAGCUGUCAAACUUUAGUUUCUGUUGUCCGAAUAUGCACCAAUUUGUCCAUUCAGAAUCGCAUACCAAGCAACCUGUGACGUUUCCUCCGCGUAUGUUAUUGAGUAUACUUGUUCAAUACUUACUGUUGCUUUCCAAAUAAUGUUAGCGUCACAUUGGCAAUAAUGGUUGUCUCUGCUCUAUGACGAGCGGUUGCCAUACAACUUUAAAGUUGAAGUUGGAACGUUAGCGUCACAAAAACUUAUUAGCUUCCAUCAGAAACGUUUUGAGACGCAGCAUUUCUCUUAAGUUAUCGCAAAUUGUUUGUAACCAUUAUAUCUGUUUCAUAUUAAAAUGGUUAAUAAAAACUCUGAAUAACUGUUGUGUUGUUGAAUACUCGGCUGGUGCUAGGCUGAUCUGUUCUAGCCAGCGCUUACCUCUUUAUUUUUAGCAUUUUUUUUAAAUUCACAAACAUGAAUAUGAAUAACGGAAACUGCACACGUGCUCGUAACUGCACGCUACACAUUCAGGCAAAUCGGAACCUAUUAAAUUGUAAAGAAUGUUCUAGAAAAUUGCUUUUUAUUUUGUUCUUUUGCGUUGAGGAAUUUAGUCCCGAUUUUAUAAAGGGUGCGUGUGCAGUUCGCGUGGUCAUCAUUUAGCUUAAACAAAAACUGGCGUCCAUUUGGGCAAGCUUGCUUUGUCCAGACUAUGGAAACCUUCGGAUUGGCUCCAGACCCGAAGUAUGUAUACUAUGGCUGAAAUAUUAUUAGAUAGUGCUUAUUAAUAAAUAAAUAAUAUAAAGAAACGUAAAUCGGUACUCUGUAUCAGAGACCGGAGUCACUGCGCCGAUUAUUGAGUCUAGUGUAUCCCUCAAUUCAGUUCCACAAUUUCAAAGGGAAACUAAGUUUGGUUGUUGCGAAACUAAAUUGAGGCGAGUCUUCGUUUAUUUAGACCUUAAUUGUACUGAACGAAAUCUCUCUUUAAUAUUAUUAUGAUUUUUUAAAAUAUAAUUGUAAUAUUAUCGAUAUUGUAACUCUGAUUUUGCCUUGAAAUGAACUCUUGUAUAGACGUGUGGCGUUAAAUGGACAAGUACCGGAGCGGCGCAUGCGCAACGGUAGUCUAGUUGAAAUGCUUUAUUGUAAUAAACAUAUUUUAACAUCGCACAUUAUAAUAAAUUAAUCGAAAUUG